UCAACGGCGACAUUACUUCCAUCGUCAGCCGGUCGACAACACUGUGGGCGACUACAGCGACACUAGAAGAUAUAAAGACCACGGAAUUCCUCUGUUCCUUCAGUGGGCACGGUGGAGCGGCAACGAUGCGGUCGCUCAGCCAUCCGAUUUUGCUUUUUGUGCAGUUUAUCGCCCAAUUUGGAACGUGGCUACAUCGUGCGGAUCUAGCGGUUACCAACUGCUCCUCACCGGUGUUGCUGACGGCCCCGAUCUGCAUUGAUACGCACCUGUGUCAUCAGCCCUGUUUCAACGGCGACAUUACUUCCAUCGUCAGCCGGUCGACAACACUGUGGGCGACUACAGCGACACUGGAAGAUAUAAAGACCACGGAAUUCCUCUGUUCCUUCAGUGGGCACGGUGGAGCGGCAACGAUGCGGUCGCUCAGCCAUCCGAUUUUGCUUUUUGUGCAGUUUAUCGCCCAAUUUGGAACGUGGCUACAACGUGCGGAUCUAGCGGUUACCAACUGCUCCUCACCGGUGUUGCUGACGGCCCCGAUCUGCAUUGAUACGCACCUGUGUCAUCAGCCCUGUUUCAACGGCGACAUUACUUCCAUCGUCAGCCGGUCGACAACACUGUGGGCGACUACAGCGACACUAGAAGAUAUAAAGACCACGGAAUUCCUCUGUUCCUUCAGUGGGCACGGUGGAGCGGCAACGAUGCGGUCGCUCAGCCAUCCGAUUUUGCUUUUUGUGCAGUCAUUGCAGACGUCCACACUGCCAUCUGACUGGAAGGCUGGGAAGGUGGUCCCUGUGCAUAAAUCUGGUGAUGUACAUUCCCCUAAUAACUACCGUCCGAUAUCAUUAACAUCCAUCCCAGUAAAAAUCUUGGAACAUGUAAUAUACUCGCACCUUAUAGAUUUCCUUGAGUCUAAUUCCUUCUUUAGUAUUUAUCAGCAUGGAUUCCGUAAAGCAGUUUCGUGCGAAACGCAGUUGCUGUGUUUUACUAACGACUUAUUUAUUAACGCAGAUCUUGAACUUGAUACUGACUGCAUAUACUUAGAUUUCGCUAAAGCAUUCGACACCGUCUCACAUGAACUACUAAUUUUCAAACUUAAUCAGCUCAAUAUUGACCCCAACGUACUUGCAUGGAUUAAAGAAUUUCUCUCUAACCGUAGCCAGUAUGUGACAUUAACAAUUUUUGUUCCCCUAAUUCCGCUGUAA